AUGUCUUUGUGUGUGGAGGGCACAGGCACUGGGAGCCUGGCUGCUGCAGUGGAGACAGCCUCGGGUCGCCAGGCCCUGGUGGUGGGCAAGCCCAGCCCUUACAUGUUCGAGUGUAUCACGGAGCACUUCAGCGUGGACCCCACCCGCACGCUCAUGGUGGGUGACCGCCUGGAGACCGACAUCCUCUUCGGCCACCGCUGUGGCAUGACCACCGUGCUCACGCUCACAGGCGUCUCCCGCCUGGAGGAGGCCCGGGCCUACCUGGCGUCUGGCCAGCACGACCUCGUGCCCCAUUACUAUGUGGAGAGCAUCGCGGACUUGAUGGAGGGGUUGGAGGACUGA